GGUAUGCCGAGUAAGCAGCCUUGGCUAGACCUUGCCCAGUAAAAGAGCAGACAUGGAUUUUCCCUGAGACACUUGUUGGGAAAUCGUCUCUCCGCUCUCAAGCGUACAGGCUUGCAAAAUCUUAGAUCUUCCCCAUCUCCUCCUCCCUUUCCUGCCUCUCCACUCUGGCAGAUAAAUAUCCAGGAGUAGCCAAGUACUUCCCCACUCUGUUGCAAAUGAAAGCGAACUUCUGCGGUUCCUCCAGCCAGAUGCUCUAGCUGUACUCGAUAACCAGAAGGGAGGGGGAGACAUACCCACACCAAAGUUCGGCUGUGAAAGGUAACCUCAUACCAGUCCAUUAUGGAGAAGAACAACACAAUGGUUUCACUGACUUCAGAUUUGACUAACAAGAAGGAGAGUGUGUGCAUUUUCGGAACAGGGGAUUUUGGAAGAUCUCUAGGAUACAAGUUGAUGCAGUGUGGCUAUUCCGUUGUAUUUGGAAGCCGAAGUGCCCAGACCUCCGAGCUGAUCCCUCAAGGAGCCACGGUGCUAACUCACACAGAAGCCGCAGAAACGUCUGACAUUAUCAUUAUAGCCAUCCAGAGAGUACAUUACAGCUUCCUUGAAAGCCUACGGGACGUUCUCCAUGGGAAAGUGCUGGUGGACGUGAGCAACAACCUCAAAUUAAACCAGUACCCAGAAUCCAAUGCUGAAUAUCUUGCCCAGAUGAUGCCAGGCAGCAAGGUGGUGAAAGCAUUUAACACAGUGUCUGCAUGGGCUCUGCAGUCAGGUGCCUUGGAUGCCAGCAGACAGGUGUUUAUCUGUGGAGAUGACAGCAAGUCAAAAGAAAAGGUUAUGGAGAUUGUUCGAAGCCUUGGUCUUACUCCAUUGGAUAAAGGAUCGCUCUUAGCAGCCAAAGAAAUCGAGAAUUACCCUUUGCAGCUCUUCCCAAUGUGGAAAUCCCCUAUCUAUCUCUCCCUUGUUCUCAGUGCAGUCAUCUUCUUCUACUGCGUGAUCCGUGAGGUGGUCUACAAUUACGUUGAGAAAGGAGAAGACUCUUCCUUUUCUAUUCUCAUUACCAUCCCAAACCGGGUCUGCCCAGUCGUGGCUCUCGUCCUUCUUGGUUUGGUCUACUUGCCUGGGAUCUUUGCUGCUCUUCUCCAGUUGUACAGAGGUACCAAAUACAGUCGCUUCCCAGAUUGGCUGGACCAGUGGAUGCUGUGUAGGAAACAACUUGGCUUGGUCGCCUUGGCUUAUGCUUUCCUACAUGUAUUGUAUACGCUCAUCAUCCCUAUUCGGUACUACGUAAGAUGGAGGUGGAACUCUUAUGUCCUUUUCCAGGCAUUGAAUAACAAAACAGAUCCAUUUGUGACUGGGUCAGGCUGGCACAGCGAUGCGUAUCUUGCUUUCGGUAUCUUGGGAUUCUUUUUGUUUGUCCUCCUGGGAAUAACCUCCUUGCCAUCUGUCAGCAACAGUGUCAAUUGGAGAGAGUUUCGGUUCGUACAGUCUUAUCUGGGCUACCUGUCAUUGGUUUUCUGCACUGCCCAUACUUUGGGCUAUGGCGGGAAGAGGUUCCUGAACAGUGCUUCAUACCCGUGGUGCCUUCCUCCUACGUAUAUGUACUCCCUCAUUAUCCCUUGCAUUGUGCUGCUCAUUAAGUUUUUCCUAAUAUUUCCAUGUAUAGAUAGACCUCUAACUCAGAUUCGACAGGGCUGGGAGAGGAAACCCAAGCACACAAUCCCGACAAACAGAGGCUUAUCGGCUGUAUAAUCUCUUAGCAAAUGCACAAAAUAAAUUUGGCUCUGCCCACCUCUGAAAUACGGCCUUGAGAGCUUCCCUCAAGACCAAAGAGUUUCAGCACCCCUCAAAUUGAAAGAGGUAUAAGCAACAAUAACAAUCAUUUUGAAGAAUGGUUUCCAGUCCUGUUUUGAGCAUUUUAAGAUCUAUUGUCUCCCCCUAGCCAUAGGGAUACUUCAGAGAUGACAAAACUGACCAAUGCUUCCCAGGACAUGGAACUCCAGCUAUUGGGCGGUAUAGAAAUGUAAUAAAUAAAUAAAUAAACUAUGUGGAUAUACUGCGAAGGGUGCAUAUUCACAAUGGCACAGAGGAUAAUCUGCAUACAGAUUACAUGCCAUUUCCUACAAAACCUCUUCCCGUGAAGACCUUUUCUUACUUUUGAAGCUGGCCAUGGUUUUGUGGGAAAUUUGUCUUUAGUCUUACAUAAGGGAAUAAUUUUCCUACAAAUGGAUGCUCCAUGGAUUUUGCUGAUUUGGAUUGGUGCAACCUACAGGCAUGGAUACGAAUUGGACUUCUAAAUUCAUUUCUACCAAGAUGGACUCAGGGCCCAGUAAAGCUACUUCAUAGAAUCAUAGAAUAGUAGAAUUGGAAGGGGCCUAUAAGGCCAUCGACUCUGACCCCCUGCUCAAACUAUUCCCCUGUGUAUACAUUACCGUAAGGUGACUAUUGAAGGAAAAGUGCCUGUGAAGAAGUGUUAAACCACACUUACAAACUCAAUCAAUAAUAGGCAAGUGGUUUUGUUCAAGCUUUUUGGGGUACAGUGUUACCUAUUGCUGUGUAUUAAUGUAUUCCUUUACCAUAUUUGAUAAAAUAUAUGCCUUUUGUUUUUGAAGCGUAACUCUAUGUACAUUGUACAUCGUUUAAAUUAUGUAUAGUUUAAUCAGAAUAAAGAAAAUCUAUUUUAAGAACAAAUGUUUUGGUUUUUGGCCACAAAGGGGCAGCAACACAGCCAGAUCUCUCAUUCUUUUUUCCUUUACCAAUGAAGAAGAAGAAGUUAAGCUAAGCAAGGAAGAGGAAGAAAGUGUUGUAAUGAAAAAGUGUUGG